AUGGACCCAACUUCAAGUGUACAAGAUGCUGAACCAGAUGACAGCAGCAGAUUAAUUCAGUCUCAACGGGUGCUUUCCGAAGUGCUGUCGAGGGAACAGCUGCUUCAUCUUUUCGAUCGAUUCUCUUUCCUCACAUUUCAGCCUGAGGUGAAGAAAAGAAUCGUAGAUGGUGUUGAGGACAAGCAGGAAGCUAUAGCUGUAACUACUGCGAUCCAGGAUGAGAUAUUUUUGGAGAUGGGGAUUGAUCCAAGAUCUGGCCUAUCGUGCUUGGGAAAGGUGAAUGUUGAAUACGAGAAUGAUCAGGAUGUGAUGAUUCAGUUUUAUAAAUUCAUUGCAAGGGAGGAGAUGGCAUGUGACGAAGCUGAGCUUGGAGCAGAGAAAUUUGCUGAAAAGAUGCACAGUAAAAAACAAUUACAGGAACUGGAGAUGCUAAAGCACAUGCGUAAAUUUCCCAAGGAUGAUCAAUCUGCAAUCCUCGAGAAGUUACAUCAGCAGAUGGAAAACGCCAACUUUGAUGGUGCUGCAUCUGUUUUGUCGCUGGAGCAGAUUCAGGAGAUUAUUCGAAGGAGGGUGUCUCUUUUAUUUAACCUGAGAUAG